AUGGGGUUGUUACGGUUGUUCCACCGCAGAGGCGAUAGCGUCAGCAAGGACGACGCCAAGAAGAUCGAGGAGGUCGCAGACAUCUGUGACGAGAGCGAGUGCUGCGUUGAUUGCUCACAGGAGGAUGCGGAUCUCGAGGAGCUGGACCGGAUCUUCGACAAGCUGAAAAUCGACAAGAGCGAAGCACUGUUUAACACUUCGAAGGCACCAAAGAUUCACUUCGUCGUUCCCACGUCGCAGAAGGACUGGGAACAUGAUGCAUGUGCGGAAAACGACAAGUCGGUUGAAUACAAGAUAAGCGAGUGGUGCAAAUCGAACGGUGGGAGAUUCAGCGAUGUCGGGCAGGGUAACUCCUUCACUACAGCCGUGUCGUCGCUGCCAAAGGACAUCAUGGACAUCCAGGUUAUGCGCGGUACGAAGAACAAUGUGUUGGUGCUACCGUUUUUCAUUUGGAUAAACGAUCUGGAAGCAACGAAAGUUGAUGAAACGCUGGAGGAGCUAGUACCGAUCCUGCUCAAUCGCUCAGUAUCAAGGGAGCAACUGCUGCGGGAGAAACCGUACUUAUCGGAGGCACGGGAACAGGCGUUUGUAUUCAUAUGUUCGCAUGCAAAGAGGGACAAAAGGUGUGGCAUCACAGCACCGUAUUUGAAAAAAACGUUUGAUAAAAGUCUACAAAAUAUUGGUCUCUAUAGAGAUAUCAGUGAUGCAAGGCCAAAUGGUGUCAAUGUCGCAUUCGUCAACCACGUUGGUGGUCACAAAUUUGCUGCAAAUUUGCAACUUUUCCUGAAAAAAAAUAAUUCGCUCAUUUGGCUAGCACGUAUUACUCCAACAAACGUACCUUGCGUCGUUGAUGGUAUUAUUUUACCAGAAAAGCCGAAGUUACCAUGGCCAGAAAAGGUGAGAUGCAUUCAGAAAUAUCCACAAUGGUAG